CGAGGACAGCCUGUUCUGCAUGGGACAGCCAGUGUGUUUGUGUGUGUGUGUGUGUGUGUGUGUGUGUGGCAUCCAUCAGGACACGCCUUCUUUAGAAUAAAGCUUUUUUUCUUCAAACUUCACUCAGUAGACUAGAAGGGAAAGCUCACGGAGACCAUGACUGAGGAGACAGCCAGAGGGGCUCCAUCUGGAGGGUCGGGGCCAGAGAAAGGGGAUCCUGAGGAAGGAGUUCAGCCGAGGGAGAAAUGGGCCAACAACACGGAGUUCAUUCUCUCCAUGGCUGGAGAAAUCAUUGGCCUCGGGAAUGUUUGGCGUUUCCCCUAUCUGUGCUACAGGAAUGGAGGGGGUGUCUUCUUCAUCCCUUACUUUGUGUUCCUCUUCUUCUGUGGCAUCCCUGUGUUCUUCCUGGAGACGGCGCUGGGCCAGUACACCAGUGAGGGCGGGGUGACCGCCUGGAGGAAGAUAUGCCCCAUGUUCGUGGGAGUGGGGAUUGCGUCCCAAGUGAUCGUGGCCUAUCUGAACAUCUACUACAUCGUGGUGUUGGCCUGGGCUAUCUUCUACCUGUAUAACUCCUUCAAAAGCCCGUUGCCCUGGUCCACAUGUGACAACUGGUGGAACACCGAGUUAUGUCACGGUCGCAAUAGCUUGUACGCCAACCCCCAUUUGUUUCAACCUGGCUCCAACUGGUCGUUCCUAAACAACUUCACCAUACCCGACUACUUUGUAAAUGUCACUUACACGAGUGAAGAUGAACCUUACUCGUUUGAAAAGUCACCGGAAGAGGAGUUCUGGACUCACCGUGUGUUAAGGAAAUCAGAUGGCAUGUUCCUGGGCAACUUAAACUGGGACCUGGCUUUGUGUCUCCUGCUUGCCUGGAUCGUGUGUUACUUCUGCAUCUUUAAGGGAAUCAAAUCCACAGGAAAGGUGGUGUACUUCACCGCGACAUUCCCCUACCUGAUGCUGAUCAUCCUCUUCUUCCGUGGAGUGACACUCCCAGGAGCCUGGCAGGGAGUGGAAUAUUACCUCACUCCCAACUGGGACAAGAUCGCUGAUCCAAAUAUAUGGCGUGACGCAGGGACGCAGGUGUUCUUCUCCUACGCCGUGUGUCAGGGAGUGCUGACCGCUCUGGGGAGCUACAACAAAUACAACAACAACUGCUACAGGGAUUGCUUGGCACUAUGUUGCCUGAACAGUGCCACCAGUAUCUUUGCUGGUUUCGCUGUGUUCUCAGUGCUGGGAUUCAUGGCUUACGACAUGGGCAUGUCGAUGGAUGAAGUCGUUUCUAGCGGUCCUGGUCUGGUGUUUAUAGCUUAUCCCAGGGCUCUGUCGUUGCUGCCCGGCUCAUCCUUCUGGGCCGUGCUCUUCUUCCUCAUGGUCCUCUUCUUGGGCCUGGACACGCAGUUUGUGUGUGUGGAGAGCCUGGCCACGGCCAUCACAGACCUGUUCCCACGUCAGCUGAGGAGGCGGGGCGGCAGAGAGGUGCUGGUCCUGGUCAUCGCUGUGGUCUGUUUUCUACUGGGGCUGCCGUGCCUCACUCAGGGAGGGAUAAUCAUCUUCGAGCUCGUUGACACCUACGGUCCCAGUGGAAUCAGCCUCCUCCUUAUUGCCUGUUGUGAGACCAUUAUCAUUGGCUGGGUGUACGGUGCGGACCGUUUCUAUGACAACAUUGAAGACAUGAUCGGGUACCGACCAUUCCCCGUGCUGAAGUACUGCUGGUUGUUCAUCACGCCGCUCAUCUGUGGAGUCACAAUGCUGUAUGACCUGGCAAACACAGUCCCCCUGGAGAUGUUUUAUGGACGCAGCAGCUGGGGCAUAUUGGGCAUGCUGCUUAUCGCCACUCCCCUGAUAUGCAUCCCAGCAUUCAUUUUGGUCUCACUGUACCGGAAUUGCGACAACAUGACGACACCAUCCAGCGAUCUGCGUCAGGCUCAACCACACAAGCCGAUUCUCACACUGUGUAAACGCGUCAUCUUCGGGGCGCAGGUGCAGCCAAACAGGCAUGUGGAGGAACCCAACGAGAAGAUGAUGAUGGGGGAACCCAGCAUGGUUUGAUGGUCACUGAUGAACAGCAAAUUAUGGUGCAUAGAUGUCAUCAUUGAAUCAUUUUUUAAUCAUAUGCAAUCUUUUAUUAAUGUUUACACAUUUCAUGAGUAUUCAGGGACAGUUGAGUUUUUUUAUGUUGUGUUUUUUUUGUUUUGUUGGUACAUUAGUUUAACAUUUUUAAUCUUUUUAUAUAAUAAAUAACAAUGGAAAAGUCCCAUACAGUGUUCAUUUUUAUAUACAUCUAUAAUCCUAUGUAUUAUAAGUGGCUUACAAAAGUACUUCACUGUUGAAGCAUUUAACUCCUAUAAUACUGUCGGACUCACAAUUGACAGUUUUAAAAAAAUAAAUAUCAAAGUCAAUGCUGCA